AUGAAGUCUUUCAUAGGAGUCCAAGCCGCAUUGCUUGUGCUGGCGGUGCAGAGUACUUCUGCGGCGCCUCAGCUCCCACCCAAAGAGACCCAGCUAUCUGAGCCCACCGGACUCUCGCUGUAUAAGCCUAAUGUAGCCAAGACACUGUAUGCAGUUGCAGCUAUACCGGAUGUGUCGCACAGAGACCUGGGAAAGCGUGCUGCUGCCAACCCAUAUUACAAAGGUAAAGGAAUUGCUAUUGAUCUCCCUGAUGAUUGCCCAGCACCCGAUGCCUCAUGGUGGGCAAAUGAAGAAUCAAGAGAAGACGAAAUAAAAAAAGAUUCUGCCAAAACAGUAGACCCGCUUAAGGAAUUCCUCGAUGUCAUAGAAGCACCAUUUGAAGUGGUAGAAGACACUGUCAAGACGUUCCUGCAGGGAAUCAUGGAUUUGGCGAAGGGCAACACCUGCGAAGGGGUGUCAGAAACGCUCAUGCCGGUAGUCCACGCCAUGAUCAAAGAGUUCAUCAAGGUAUCCGAUGAGACUGGCUUCAAAUCUAUUCUCAAUGAGAUCGGAGACGAGAUAACGAAGUUUUUAAGCUAUCCAGGCAUACGAGAGGGGUGGAAGUUCCUCAACACGCGCUUGGAGGACAUUCCAGUGAUAGGAUUGUGGUUCAAAACCGUCGGGAAGGCAGAGGGCUGGACCUACGAGCAUCUGGUACCGAAAUCCUUGCGGGAUUCCCUUCAAUCUUGUGCAGAUGAUGGCAUCCGACAUCCAACCCAGAACCCCCUUGGAUUCUUAUUGGCAUUAGGCAUUGACACAAUAGAGCACCCAACCAUUCUCGAUGUCUUGUUGGCGAUUCCAGGAGUGGGGGAGUUUGCCGAAUCCAUCAAGUUCGCUGAGGAAGCAGUAAAAGGAGCGGAAGACGCAGCCCAAAUUGCAGAACGAUUAAGCAACGUGGUUGCAAGCGAUGGAGUAGCUUCUGAUCUCGACAAGAUAGCCAAAUUGGCAGACAAAGCUGAUGCUUCCGCAGACGCAGCAGAAGCCGCAGCAGGAUCAGCUAAAGGCACCGAACAAGAGGCAAAAGCCUUGGAACAGGCUACAAAGGCCGAUGAGGCAUCCAAGGCUGCGGAUAAAGCAUUUUACGAUGGAGAGAAGGAAGCCAAGAAGCUCUGCCCACGUGGUAUAACUUCCUCCCUGAUGUCUUGGUGGUGCUCGCCGGCCGAGCAGGCUCCAGCAGAAGAGGCGCCCACGGAUAAUGCUGCCCGGAGCCGGGCUCGUAGGAAUAGGAAGAAGAGAAGAAAUAGGAGGAUCAACAAGAAGGCAGAACCGGAGUCUGAGCCAGAAACACAGCCGGAGACGGAAUCAGAAUCAGAGCCAGAACCGACUAAGCCCCAGGGACAGCCUAAACCACAGGAUAGACCCCAGGACAAGCCACAGAAACAGCCCGAACCCGAGCCCGAGUUCUUGAAGAACACACCGUUCUCACGGAGGAACGUUGAAAGAUCGAUAGAGCGGGGAACGUCUUCCCUGAAGGAUGGUACUACUUAUGUUGCAAAGGAUGGAAAUAACAAAUUUCCACAUCACUUUUCCAAUUUUGAAAAUAUCGACUUUGAGCUACCAAACCCAGGGGAGUUCAACAUGAGAGACCUUCAGGAAUUCCCCUUGACCAAAACUGUCUUCAACACGGGCAUGCAGCCUGACCUUUACCGCACGGUAUUUGCAAAACGGACUGCAACUGGUGAGUGGGAAGCCAUUGGAAUUAUCCGACAUCAGGUGGGUGGAAACACCGGAAAGUUCCUUAAAGUGGGUACUUUUGAGGAUGUUGGGAAAAUCAUUCGCAAGAUUCCACCGAAGGCUUAG